UAAAGGUCGCUGAGCCCCCCUAGCCGCUCACCUGCGCUGUCUGCCGCCUCCCGUCGUUCUUUGUGACUUUUUUCUCGAGUGCUGGCCGACCACGAUGCUGCCCACGACCGGCGCGCGCAGCCCGCUCUUCGCCCUGGCUGUUUCUGCCGGUUUCGUCCUGAUCUUUAUUUUCGGAUUCCUCGCUUGGCAGAGUCCGCCGCGGAUUCCCUUCCCCCAUGGCUCCACCCAUGUCGAGAUGUCCAUCACCGACAACAAGGCGCCCAUCUCCAUCGCCGAGAUCGUUCGACUCCUCUAUUCGCCGCUCAGGAUCGCGCCCAACGAGCCUCAGUUCUCUUUCCUAGACGACGGGACCAACCUGUCCUCGCUCUCACUACCGGAGAAUCCGCGGUAUACCAAGAAGCUGGGGCGGGAUGUGCUCAUCUUGGAUCUGGAGACACGUCCCUUGAAGUCCACCGAGGACUUCGAACAGGGCGUGUACGACUGGCGCAAGCUGAAUCACGUUUCCGGCGGCGUCUUCAACCACUACACGUAUGCCCUCAUUCACGGCUACGACUACAAGUUCAUCCACGCACACGAGUUUAAGGACCGGCACGCAACCUGGAUCAAGCCCUCGGCGCUUGCCAACCACAUCAAAGACUACAAGUUCAUCGUUUUCCUCGACGCAGACGCGACUUUCCGUUUCAUGCACCUUCCCAUCGAGUGGAUGCUAAACUACUGGAAGAUUGAGCCCAAGCACAGCAUCACCAUGGCGCUCGACCCCUGGGAUCCCAACGAGCCCCAGUACAAUUCCGACCGCUUCAACCGCACAUACACCAACACUGGCUUCAUGGUGGUUCAGAACAACCCAAAUACCAUGGAAUUGCUGAGAGACUGGCACGAAUGCCCCGACGACACACGCUACAAGGGCUGCUCCGAGUGGAAGCAGCCCAAGUUCCACGAACAAUCUGCCUUCGGCGAAUACGUUCGCUACGAUUAUGAGGAUUAUAUCAAGGAGCUCCCUUGCGCAGAGGCAAACGGAUACCCGGGCGUCCAAAUCUCCAACUGCCAGGGCAAAUUCAUCCGGCAUUACUGGUUCGAGAAGCACUUGAUCAAGAAGGACUUCCGCGAGAACAUGAUGAACGCCAUUACGCUUCCCAUACAACGAAUCUUCGCCGAGAACGCCGGAGGCGUCAUUGUUGAGCAGCCAGAGAAUGUGAUUUACUAGAGACGCCAUGUUGGUUCCUUUCCAAAAGAGGAGGCAGUGUUGUAUAUUUGGUAUUUGACGCUAUUUAAUAGAGAAGAGGGGGACAGGGAGAAAGAAACAUAUUUCACGGCAUAGCGAUGCAUCGUACGGCGUUCACGCGGGGUUUACGG